GACGCAGCGCCUGGUGACGCAGUCAACCCGGUUGGUGUGGUGCGACUCGCGUGAACCGAGGCGAGAGUUGCCACGCUUUUCAGGCUCUACCCUUCGUCUUGCUUUUAGCCGAUAGUGCGUGCGUGCGUGCGUGCCGGGUGUUGUCGGAGAGAAGUGUGAGGCACGGUGCGUGCGUGCGUGCGCGACCGUUUGUUUUGGCUGCGAGCCUCCUCGCUGUUGGUGCGUUGGACGAGACACCCGGCGGAGGGCAAGGGGACCAGAGGGGGCUGCUCACCCUGUCUUUCCCACCCGUCGUCGUCGGUGUGCGCCGCCAAAUUGAACCCUCGUGCGUGUCCCCGAGACGACGUGCUUCUUUCCUCCGCGUGUGACUCGCGACUCAACCGACGGGCUUCGAUAUUGUUCGACCGAUCGUUUGAAGAUAGACCGCAUCGCUGCCGAGCUUGUACUUUUCGAUGAGGCGACCUGACGGGAACGUGGCUUCCAGCGCCGGCGUGAGUCGACGGACGUCGGCCGGUGUGCUGUUGCUUCUUUGUGGAUACCUGGCGGCGUCGCUCGCGCAAGUGUCUGCUGCUCCAUCAAAAGAAGGCAAGGUUUUUGGGGACGGUCGCUUGAAGCUCAUAGUGAAAGCUUUCGCGGACGACCUCGUGCGGGAGCUCUCCUCGGCGCUCGACAAGGGCCACGUGCAGCUGAUCAAAGAUAAACUGGGAAAGCUCUCAGAUCACAUCCAGGAGCACCCGGCCAUCGGUCAGAAGCAUCUAUGGGUGGGCAAGGGAAAGCCGCCCGCGCCCAAGGAUGCUGAGAGGAAAGAGCGCCACGCCCUAGCCGCAAGGCGCAAGUGGGCCAUGCACAAGCGCGAUGGUGCCCUGGUGCUGCCCUCGGAAGAGAUCUGCCAGACGACCACCCAGUGGGAGCAGCUGAACCGCACGCAGGACUACGACGGCAACGAGGUGGAGAUCGUGCAGGACGAGAUACAGCAGUACGUGUUCUCCUAUCGCUGCGCCACCGCGCAGAACCCGUGCACGGCCAUCUCCGGGCUCUACGACAGCGAGUGCACUGAACGCAAGGGCUGGAUGUACCUCUACUACCGGCCUCUGGAGGGCGAAAACCGAGUUGCGAAAUGGGGCUACGUUUCGGUCAACCACCACUGCGUCUGCAAGGUUACUCCGAAGGGUGCCCGCUAGGUGGGCGCCCAGGAAGCCAUCGGCCGCCUACAGCUCGUGCUGAGAGCCCACUGCAACUGAACAGAGCCUCUGGCUGCAUUGUUCGAAGAAAGCUGAAACUGCUCGAGCCAUGCACAGGCCGUGUGCUUAGCAGCCGCCGAGAACUUGUGUCAAAGUUUAAUGAUGGCGAGGCCGGAAAAAUAGCAGCGAAUGCGUUUCAUUUCAGCGAUCAAAGCUUAAAAGAAAUUGUCUCUGGCAGUAUAUAUUCCGUGCUUCUCAUAAGUACGCAUAUGUAUUGCUUCUUUCUUUUUUUAAAUGUGGAGCUAAUAGGUUUUUAACAAAACGAAGUAUAAAGGUGUGAAAGAACCCCACAUCUCCACUAAACUGUAAAUGUGUUUACUCACAGGAAACACUAUGCCGUUUUGGUGCAGACACAUAGCUGUUGAAACCAAGCACGUGCCCUGGUUUUACUUAGUCGUCGUCUUUAUUACAAAAUGAGUACUUGUAAUUAACUCAAAGCUUUACUGUGAGAAACGCUUUCGUCCAGAUUAUUAAUUUAAGGCGGAACAGGUAGGAUUCUUGGCUUAUCACAGAGCCCCAUUCUUUUUCCAGAAUUUCUUAAUAUGUAGACCUCAGGUUGCGGCUUAUGCAAAAGGUUGCUAUUCUUUUCAUUUGCUGCUCUCACUGUGGAUCACUACAUAAGUAAUUUUUUUGUACUAUCGGAGCUGAUUAUGUAUCAUCGAUUCCAUUCGGAUAUCGUCUGCUGGAAUGAUUUUAGCAAUCACAUCAUUAUCGCCUGCGCAAAGGCAUUAGCGCUGAAUAUACGAAAAGAAAUGUUUCUGAAAAGAGAAAUUGACAAACACGUGACUGUUCCACGAAAAUACAAAGGAGUGUUUCUGUAACUGUGUAUAGCAAUUUGAAGCAGUGGUUUCACGAACAACAUUACGCCAGGAGCACACAUUAUUAAACAGAAGUUUUUUCGGUUGUAGGCGACGUUUGUUCACAGCAUGAUAUGCACAUUGAUUGCUAUUGUGAAACUUGAGGUGGCUUAUUUAAAACCUUUCGCGUGCAAAUCUUGUUUCAUUCGCACCCGCAAAUAAGGCAUUAAACGCAGUUGUCCAUGUUCCCGUCGUUCAGUAAUAUUCAUUCAUGAACCAUCAUUGAAUGCAUUGAACUCAUGUUUCAGAAAAUUGCUUCGCCAUUCACGAUCUGAAUUUUGUCUUCAGUAUUAAACAUUUCCCUACUCAACCUCACCCCCACCACCUUUACGAUUUUAUGAAAAUAUUUAUCUAUUUGCUUGUGUGUCAUCGAUCACCCUUCAUCGCUCAUAUAUUGUCAUGUGUUUACAUCAUCGCAGACAUAGAAUGCAUUCAUCAACCUUUUCUUCCCCCGUGUGAGACGUUUUGCCUGAAUGUGUGUGUUGCAGUUUGUAUAUGAGAAUGAGGUGUUUAUAUAAAGCAGCGAGAGUUUGUAGUCUAA